AUGGAGGAGCCUGUAUCGACACCAGGGCUACCUGCCCGGACAUUCAAAGCAGCCUCAAAAACGACGGCGAAUGACCAAGUCUUCUCUUCAUCGCCCGGCUUCGGCACGCCUGCAUAUCCCAUUAAAACCCGUCCACCCAACGUCGCAAACACUUUUGCUGCGCAGUCGAACGCGACUACAAGCGUGCAUGGCGCCCCGACCGUCCUACCGAUCCUUCUCCCGCCCCAGACUUUGAGACCUGUUGCGUUCAGAACGCUCACCAAGAAGCACAACCUGACACUGACUUCGUCCGGGCUGGGCCUGCUCUCUACCUUUGUCGGCAGAUACUGCGGCAGCGGAUGGCGAGAAGAAGGGCUAGCCGAACGUGUACUUGACGAGAUCGCAAAAGCAUGGAAAAAAUCCGGUGGCGGCCUGCUCAUCGAGGAUGGGCCGGACAAAAAGCUCUCCAACAUCCUCAAAAUGCUCGAGCCAUGCAUGUCUGGAGGGCGGCUGGAUACGGGCAAACUGUCCCGCACUAAUAGCUCCGUUGGCAGUCCAAGUCUAUCACGGUCUGGGUCAUUCGCGAACCGACCUGAUGUGACCAGGGACGACAGCCAGACGAGCUUGGGUCUCUCGGCCCUGGAUAUGGAUGGCAAUGCUUCCGGAGACUAUGGCGAAGAAGAAGACUCUCACCCUGAUACACGAUCCUAUCUGAGACUCAUCUCAGCAUUUGACCAACCUCGUCUAAUAUACUCGACGUCCAAAAAGUCCCUAGAACCAGCUAACGGCACCGCCAGCCUCCUCCCACCAAUCCAGCACAAAUUUUCCAUGUUCAGGAACAGGUACCACCUCGUCCAUCAGCGACUGAUGAGGAACGAAUCCUUUCAAGCUCCCUCGUUUUCAACGGCAACCCGACCACCUAAUCUACUGCACUCAGCCAGCAGCCUGACAACUCAGCAGAACGCGUACAAAAUCACGCCGAUAUCAAACCUGCUUGGCCGAUCAGGCACAUCACACCUUCUGCUGGGCAUGCUAGCCCACUCCGCAGCUGGGGACCUCGCCCUUACAGAUCUCUCCGGCAGCGUUGUCCUAGACCUCUCCAUCGCCCGUCCAAUCCCUGAAGACGGAGCGUGGUUCUGUCCCGGCAUGAUCGUCCUCGUCGAAGGCACCUACGAAGAAGACGGUUCUCACAACUCCAACCUCGGCACCGCAGCUGGCGUGGGCGGCCAGAUCAAGGGCGUAUUCGCGGCAGACACGCUAGCGGGUCCCCCAGCUGAAAGAAGGGCACUAACGCUGGGCAUAUCAAACGCCACAGGCGCUCAAACACUACACGCGAACGUGGGCGCUGGGUUCGGCUGGAUCGAUUUCCUCGGCCUCGGAAGCGAAAAGGCAAUCGGCUCGCAAAUGCGGCGGGUCCAAAGACGUGUCUUCGGCCCAUCGCCACAAACGGUACCGACGGUGGCGGAUGCUGAGGAAGAACAAGAAUCUGAACCCGCUCGAUGCAAAAUCGCCAUCCUGGGAGAAUGCACCCUCGACUCCGCGCGCACGCUGGAAGCCAUCCGCGCAAUCCUCUCCUCGUAUCACACCUCGAGCUCCGGACACGUCUCCUCGCUACCCCUCUCUAUAAUCCUCAUGGGCAAUUUUGGGUCGGCGGCGAGCAUGGCCGGUUCGACCAAAGGAGGCGGCAGCGUAGAAUACAAAGAACACUUCGACGCCCUGGCGUCUGUGUUGUCGGAGUUCUCGUUCCUCCUGGCGAAUGUAACCUUUGUAUUUGUCCCCGGUGAUAAUGAUCCCUGGGCGAGUAGCUUUUCGGCCGGCGCUGCGACGAUGGUCCCCAGAAUGGGCGUGCCGGAGGUGUUUACAAGCCGCGUGCGACGGGCUGUGGCAACCGCGAACACAGAAAUCCACGGCAGUGGAGGCGGAGGCAAAGUCAAGGACGCCGUCAAGGGGGAAGUCAUCUGGGCGAGCAAUCCCGCGAGAAUGUGUCUUUUCGGCCCGGUCGAGGAGAUCGUGCUCUUCCGGGACGACAUCACCGGCCGGUUCAGACGGCAUGCCGUGACUUUUGCGAGGGCCGAAAAUGAGGGCGAUGAAGAAGAGCAGCACCACCGGCAGCAGCAAUCCCAAUCGCAAUCGCAGUCACUAUCGGACCCCAACGGAGACGACAUGCACGAAGACGACGAAAUCCACGCCGCGACAUCCCAUGUUCCUGUGGCAAAACCGAGCAGCUCGAGCUCGCCCAGCGUCCAAGCCGCCCGAAAACUCAUCAAGACGCUGAUCGACCAGUCCCACCUGUCGCCCUUUCCGCUCCACGCCCGCCCCCAACUAUGGGACCACGCCUCCUCGCUGUCUCUGUACCCGCUGCCUACCGCGCUCGUGCUGUGCGACGCCGAAAUGCCGGCCUUUGCCAUCACUUACGAAGGGUGCCACGUCAUGAACGUUGGAAGGGUCAUCGACGAGUUGGCCCUCCGGAAGGAUAGUCGGGGGAGUGGGCUGGCUAGGUGGAUUGAGUAUGAUUGUCGGAGGGCUCGGGGUGAGGAGAGGAGCGUGAGAUUCUAG